CCCCUCCCGAGUCGACCCAACAAACAAACGGCUUCCUAAUAUCCGGAUUGUGAAUUUCCAGGUCUCGGCAACAUCCCUCUCAUUUUCUAGGGUUUCUUCCCCUUCUAAAAUUCAAAAUUUUCUUCUUUCCAACGGUUAUUUUUCUCGAUCCAGGCCAGACACUCAGUGUAUCAGUUGAUUUCUAGGGUUUUUACAACGGUUCUGAUCUCCCAUUUCUCUGUGGAGAUUGGAUCCGAUGAACGAACAGUCUCAGAUGAUGGAUCAAUCUCAGAUGCUGAAUCGAAACUACGUCGCUUGGCCGCCACCACCGGUUCCUCCGCUGGAGGAGCCGAUCAAGUUCCAGGCGUCUCAAAGACCUGUGUUUGCUGCCACUGCGAAGCCGGGCCGGGGCAAUUGGAAGGGGAAGAAGUCCGAUAAGCGCAAGGAAAUCCGGCGGAAGGACCCCCUCGGAUUAGGUACCGCAGUCGCUGGCGGAGUUGGCGGGUACAUGCCUCCCAAUCUUAACGAGUUGCAGUCUCAGAAUCGGUUGAAGGCUCGCAGGUUUUACCCAAAGAAAAAGUUUAAUAAUAGAUUUGCCCCGUUUGCACCGAGAAAUACGACGUCUUUUAUAAUUAGGGCUAAGAAAUCCGGGGGUAUUGCCUCUCUGGUUUCGCCAUGUCCGGUGACUCCAGCGAUACUUCCGACGCCGAUAUUCUCGCCGUCGAGGGAGGUUUUGGUGGAUAUGGCGAAGGAAGAGUGGGGUGUCGAUGGUUACGGGUCUAUGAAGGGUUUGAUUCGGCUCAGAUCACCUGGGCACGAAGCGCGUGACGAUGAGGAAGAAGAGGAUGGUGGGUCGAGUGACAGUGAUGUAGAAGAACAUGUUGAGGUGGAGAGGAGGUUGGAUCAUGAUUUGAGCCGCUUCGAGAUGAUUUACCCAAAUUGUAGUGAUGAGCAGACCAAUCUAUUGGAGAACAGAGUGGACGAUCAGGAUACGCAUAUCGCGCAACUAGAGGAGGAGAAUUUGACGUUAAAGGAGAGGCUUUUCUUGAUGGAGAGGGAGUUGGCGGACUUGAGAAGGAGGGUGCAUUGUUUGGAAACUGAUGGCGGCCGAUUAAGGGAGAACAAUGAAGAGGCUUCCGAGAACGCCUCAGAUAAUGAAGGGGGUGGAGAUGUUUGCUCUGAGAAGAGUGUCGGUGACGGUGAUGGUGAUUGAUUCAAUCAUCCCUCCCGGUUACCGUGUAAGUCUCUUCUCUGAAGACACAACUGUAGCUAUGCUGAAUGGGUUUUUGCCCUGCUUUUCUGCUGGUUUUAUCUGUGCAAAUUUCUGUAUAUAUGUCCUGUAGUCUAGAGUUGUGUGGUAGAUUUUAGUGGAGUUCACUCUCUCCCUCUUACCUACAUUUCUGUUUAAUCUGACUGUGGCUUUGUGGACUAGGUUCUAUCGACUCCAAGAUAGGAAUUCAUAAUGUUCUGCAGAGUCCAGACUCCAAACAGACUCUUUUAUUUCUGACCUAUAAAUUCCUUGUUUGUUUAAA